AUGAUAAAGGGGUUAUCCAAGAAUAUUGUUAAUUUUUUAUUGUCGUCUUUUUUUGAAAAUAUCGAAGAAAAACAAUUACAGACAUCACUAAUUAGAGGAAAGGUACAUCUACAAAAUGUUAAAAUCAACAAAAAGUUUUUUGACAUUCUUUACCUCCCCUAUACUAUCAAAUAUGGAUAUAUCCGCUCUCUCGAUCUUCAGAUUCCUCUCCUGUACUUGUUUCAAAAAGCGACGAUAACUAUCAAAGAUGUAAUCAUUGUUGUAAAAGAAAAAAACUUCAAUGAUUUUAACAUAGUAGAAGAAAUAAAUGGAAUAAAAAUUGCGAAAAAAAAUAAUUUAAAAAUCGAAGAAAACAAUAGUAGCGGAUCUAAUUUAAAUCAGAAAAUAAAUAAAGGAAUAAAUUCAUUAUUAUAUGAAUUGUAUAAUAAUAUAUCUAUUGAUAUAGAAAAUGUAGAAAUAAUAUUAGAGGGAUCUGAAAAAAAAAAUUAUAUUUUAGGAUUUUUUAUAAAAAGAAUAACUAGCUUUAAAAAUCAGAAUCAUUCAUUUAAAAUAUACAAAGAUUUUUCAUUUACUGAUAUUAUAAUUUAUAUGGAUGAUGAAAAAUCGAAAUAUUUGAUAAAUAAAAUAAUAAAAAAGGAAGAAAAACGAAAAAAAAAUAAUAAAAAAAAUAAAAACGUAGAUGAAAUAUAUAAUAAAAUAAAAGAUAUUACAAAUAAUUUACAUAAAAAAAAAUAUAUUAUUUCAGAAAUACCAAUUAUUGUAUUGUCUACAAUAUUGUCUCUAGAAAAUUCUUCACAAUAUAUGCAUCAUAAUUCAAAAUAUAUUUUUAAAAAAAAAAAUAAUUUCGAUUUAGUAUGUUCACAUUGUGAUAAAUAUCUAUAUCAAUGUAAAGAAAUAAAAAAAGAAAAAGGAAUAUUUGAAAAAAUUUUAAAUAAAAAUAUUAAUUUUAAUGACGAUAAUAAUAAUAAAUUAAACAAUGAAGAAUGUGCAAUAUGCAUAAAUGAGAAAAAAAUUGAUUUAGAAAAAUCAAAACAUGAUGAAUCUGUAAAAGAACUGAUGAAUUCAAACACUAACAAUAAUAUUCCUAUAAAAAAAGACGAAAAUCAAAUAGAUAAUAAUAAAAAUAAUAAUAUUUGUGAAAGUUGUAAAAAAAAAAUGAGCAAUUAUAAAAAUUUAUAUGGAAAUGAAACCAGUUUAUAUUUCAAUUCUAAGGAAAAUAAAUUGUCGAAUAUAGAAAAAUUUAAUAUAUUAGAAGAAAAUAUAAAUUUUAAAGAAAAUGAAUAUAUUACAUUUAUUGUACAUAUUGAAAACUUUAAUGUAAAUCUAUCAUUUAAUCAAUUAUGUUAUAUAUUUGAUAUUGUAAAUUUUUAUUUAAUCUAUAGUUGUUUUGUUAAUGGAUUAUAUUUAGAGGAAUGGUUGAAUAUACCUGAAGUAAAAGAAAUUUUAAUGUAUAAAAAAGAAUUAUUAAAAAAAAGGAAAAAAGAAAAAUAUGAUAAAGAUUUUAUUGAAAAUUUUGAAUACACUCAUAGUUUUCAUAUUAUAUAUAGUCUAAGGAAGCAUGUUAAUAAUAUUUUAAAAGAAAGUAAUAAUUCCAUAAAUAAUAAAACUACUAUUACCCCUCAAAAUGAUGAUAAUAAUAUGAAGAAUGAUACAUUUUCUUCAAAAAAUAGUGCAUCUAAUUUAGAUGUAAGUAAUGAAUUAGAUUCCAAUGAUAAAAUAAAAAAAAACGAAAAUGAACAAGAAAAAAACACGAUUAUUCAAAAAGAAAAAAAUGAUGAAAAUUUACAUAAUGUACGAAAUAUGCAAUCAAAAUCAUCUGAAAAAAUGCCUGUUGUACUUAAUUUUAAAUUACUAUUAAAAAAAGCAAAUCUUAAUCUUUAUAGUCAUGAAAAAACAAAUAAAAUAAUACAAACAAAUAUGAGUAACUUUGAACUAAUAUUAAAAAAUUAUAUUAAUAAUGAUUUUGCUUAUUUUAUAUUAUUAAAUGAUAUUAACAUUUUAUUUUUAUACAAAAACAAAAAAUAUCCUCUUUUGAGCCUUUUUAAAACAAAUUCAAUUGAAGCUGUUAAUCGAAAAGUAAAAAAAAGAGAAUCAUUUAAUAAAAAAGGUCGAAGAAAAAGCAUAAAUUAUUUAUUCAACCCAUAUGUGUGUAAUAGUAUUUCACAAGGGGUGAUAAAUCGAAAUGAUACAAUCACAAAUGUUAGUAACAGUAGUAACGAAAGAGGGUUAAAUAAAGAUGGUGGUGGUUCUACAUCUAUUAUUGAUUCCAAAAGUGAAAAAAGUAUUUAUAAUAAAAAUAAUAUGAAAAAUCGCCAAGAUAAAAAUAAGGAAAUUGAAAAAAACAAAUUUAAUGAUAAUAAAAUAAAUAACAAAUCAAAAGAUGAUAACAAAAUGAAUUCUAAUGAAAUUAAGAAUUCAAAUAAAGAAAAUGAACAUGCUAUAUCAUUUUUUAUUUAUAACAAGUUUGAUACAUCUCAAAAUAAAAUUUACUUUAGAUGCAAUCGAAAUAUAUUAAUUACAUUAAGUGUUAAAGAAAUAUAUAAUAUCAUGAAUAUAAAUUACGAUUUUAAAUGUCUUGAUUUUGAAAAAAAAAUAAAAACAUAUCAAAGUUUAUAUUAUUAUUAUUUAUUAGGAAAAAAAUAUUGUAGAGAAUUAUAUAUAUCAUCUGAAAAAGAUUUUGCAGAUAUUAAUAUUCAAUUUAUGAACAAUAUUUAUAUAAAUUUAAUUAUAAAUAAAAAAUAUUCAUUAUUAGCAAGGAUACAAAACAUAUCUUUAAAUUCAUUUUUUUUUACAAAAACCAAUAUUCAAGCUUAUUUAGAGAAAUUAACUAUGAUAAAUGAUAAUAAUACUAAUAAUAACAAGCUUGAAAAUGAAAAUCAAGAAAAUGCAUCUGGAUUAGAUGCAAGCAACUCGAUCAUUACGGGUUCUACACCAAAUAAUAAUAUUUUAUCGGGUUCUAACGAUUCAAUAAUAAAUGGUUCUAAUUCAGAAACUAGCUACAUAAACAAUCGUAACAAAUUGACAAAUAAUAUCAAUGAUGAUAAGAAAAGUAUAACCAAAGUAAUAAAUGAAAAUGAAUCAAAAUUAUUAUUGAAUAAUUCAUAUUCAAAUAUAUAUUAUAAUGAUUCCAAAAGGGAAAAUACAUCUGUAUCUAAUUCAUAUUAUCAUAAAAUGUUAAGUUCAUAUAAUGAUAUAUGUGAUGAUAAUCAGAAAAUAAAGAUGAAAUACAAAAAAUAUUAUCAAGACUUUUUAAGAGUUAAUGAUUUAAAAAAUAUAGAAAAAUCUAAAAUAUUUGAACACAAAUAUAAUCGAAAUAAAAACAAAAACCCUGAAUUAAAUAAUAUAGGUUCAUCAAAUGAAAUUAAAAAUACAUAUAUUACUACAUCUAAUAAUAUAGAGAAAAAUAAAUAUGAAUGUUUAAGUAGUUCCUCAUAUAAAUCUAAAAUAUAUAGUAUAAAUUAUAAUGAUAAUAAUUAUAUUCCAAAUAGUAGUAGUCACAUUAAUGGUUAUAUAUACGAUUAUGAUAGUGAAGAAAUUAAUGAAAAAAAAAAAAAAAAUAGAUGUAAAAAAACGAAAAGAAAAGUAUAUAUAAAUAGUGAAAGUGAGUCUACAAAUUCAUAUAAUUAUCAAAAAAAAAAAAAAAUAUAUGUUGUUAAUAAAGAUGGAAAUAAUAUUAAUAGUGAUGAUAAUACUAAUGUUACUUGUUCAGAAAAAGAAGAAACGGAAACUAUGAUUACAGCAGUUCAACAAAAAAGAUCAUGUUUUAAUUUAUCCAUUUUUUUUAUGAAAAAUAAAAGUAAUGAAAAAAUUCAAAAAGUAUUAUUAGAAGAAAAUUCAAAAAAUAAAAAAUAUAUUUUAAAACCAUUGAAAAUAUCUUUAGAUACAAUCAUAUAUAAUUUUAAAGAUGGAAAUGAAAAAAGAAUGACUUUUAUUCAUACAAAUUAUAAACAAUACUUAUAUUUUAACUUUGAUGAUAAACAUAUUUUUAAAUUAAUUUUUUUUUAUUAUCACUAUAAAUUUUAUGUUGACAAAAUAUAUGAACAGUUAUAUAAUAGAAACAACUCAGAUUAUUUAAAUUUAAAUACAAUUGAUUUUAGAAGUUAUAAAACAUUGCAGAUAUUAUUAGACAAUGCUUUGAUUAAUAAUAAAAGUGAAAUUGAAAAUAAAUAUGUUCAUAAAAAAACUAGUAAUAAAGAAUCAUCAAUUGAAAAUGGAGAAAAUAAUAUUACCGAAGUAAUUGAUUCAAACAUCAUAGAUAAAGAAAUUGAAACGAAUGAAUGUUCAAAAGUUUGUGGAAAUAAAAAUGAAGAAGCAAAUAAUAUAAAUAAAAUUUAUAUUUCAACUAUAGAAAACCCUGAUAAUAUUCAAGAAAAUUCAAAUAACAAUACAGAAUUAAAUAUAAAUGAUUCAGAUGUAGAAAAUACUGACAUAAUUGAUAUUGAAAAAUAUGAUGAAAAUAAUACUACUGUUUGUAUUAAUACAGAAAAUGAUAUAAGCGUAAAAAAAGAUUCUAUAAAGAUUCAAAAAACUCAAAAAAAUAUAAAGAAAAAAGAAAAAAAAAAAAAAAAUAAUUAUGGAAAAUCAUAUAAUAGUAAAAAUGAUAGAAAUAUGAAUAAUGAAAUAUCAAAUAGUAAUAAACAUGAAUUUAUCACAUUUUUAAGUAAAAUAAAAAUAUAUUUUAAUAAUUAUAAAAAAAAUAAACGUAUGGUAUCUAUACACAUUUAUGAUGUUUUAAUAUAUAUGUUUAAUGAUGAUCAUAUUUCAAAGUUCGUUUUAAAUUUAAAAAAAUUCAAUGUUCUUAAUUGUUUAUCAUACAUAGAUAAUUCAAAUAUUAACAGAAAUGAUGCUAGUAUUUGUGAAAAUAAUUUUGAUAUUCAGAAUGAGCAUAAUUUUAAUACUAAUCGUUGUUUUAAUAAUGAAAAAUAUUAUAGUAUUAAUUCGAUCACUGGUUUUGAAAAUAAAUAUCAACACAAUAAAACAAAUAAAAUCGAUUCUAAAUUAUAUGAUAAAAAAAAUAGUAGUUAUAAUGGAAUAUAUUUAUAUAAUAGUAUAUUAAAAUUAGCUAAAAAUGGUGAUUUCAUAUUUUCAUAUGAUUGUAAAAAUCCAAAAAUUGAUAAAUUUAAUAAAAGAUUAACAAAUAUUGAUACUUAUAGUGCUAAUUAUAAAAAUGUUAUAUCAGAUAAUGAAAUAGAAAAUGAAGAACAUAAUAAAAAAAUGAAUGGUUAUCAAGAAUUAUAUAAUAGUACUUCUAUAAAUAUUUCUGGCAAUCCUAAAAAAAUUCAUUUUGACAAUAUAAACAAAAGAUUUAAUAAAAAAAGUAUAGAUUUUAUUCAUACAAAUUAUUAUAAUACCUUAAAUGUGGAUUACUUUACUUUCAAUGGCUAUGAGAAAAAAAAAGUUAAUUCUGAUGAUACUCUCGAAAUAUGUCCAAGUAGUAUAGAUGUAGGAAUUAGCAGUGUAGAAAUUGGAAUAAUUCCUGUAGAUACUCCAAAUAUAAGCAUUGAACCCAUAAACAAUAGUAUAAAUAUUCCAAAUAUAAGUACUGAAAUAAGCAAUAGUAUUAUUGAAAAAAGUUCACAAACCAUUGAAAAUGGAAAAAUUAAUAUAGAUAACCUUACAAAUUCUGUUAAAAAUGUUAACACAAACAAUGAUAUCAAUGUUAAGAAUGAAAGAUGCUCUAAUGAAUCUGUAGAAGAUAUAAACUUGGUUGAAAAUAGCAAUGAAGUUAGUUAUUUUACGGAUGAAACUGAUAAAUUUUUAUCAAUACAAAAUACAAAAAAUUCGAGUGAACUAACUGGCGAAGUAAAUGAACGAUCUGACGAAAUUCUGAAUCAUCAGAAUGGAGGCGAAAAUAAAGAAAUAGAUGCAAGCAAAAAUAAAGAAAAGGAUAUUCAGAAGGAAUGUAAGAAAGAAUAUGAAUCUCAGAAAAAGGAAAACUCAAUGCUUUUAGAGAAAAAAAGGAAAUCCGAAUUGGAUGUAUCUACUGUUCGAAAUUUAAAAAAAGGAAAAUAUUUAGAUAAUAAUAAAGGUGAUUUUAAUAAAUAUAGUUCGUUAGAAAUUAAAGAAAAUGAUAAAAUUGAUCAAGUUGAAAAAAAUAGAGAUAAUGCACCUGAAGAUAUCGAAAACGGUGCAGAAAAUAACAGGAUAAAUUUAGAAAUGCGUGUUCUUUCUAUAGAUGAAUCAAUAAGCCUACAUGCCUAUUCAAAUGAAAUAGAACUAAAAAAUGGAGAAAGUUUGGAAUAUGAGUAUAGAGAUGAAGAAUAUGAAGAAAUAGAAAUAAUAAAACAUAAAGAAAAUGAUGAUAUAAAAAAUAUAGCAUUUCAUUUAGUUAAUUUUGAAGUUAUUAUUGAUUAUACUUAUUUUAUAAAUUUAUAUAAAUGGUUUACUAAAUUAAAUUUAAAAUAUGAAAAAAUAAAAAAAAUUUCAGAUUUUGCUGCAUAUUCACACAAUAGUAUUAAUGAAAAAUCAGAUACAAACACUCCUAAAUAUAAUUACACACUCUUUUUACAAAAUAAUAAAAUAUAUAUUCCAAUUUACAAACUAUCUAUAUAUGAAUACACUUAUUAUGAAAAUGCAAAAAAUAAUUUAUACACCUCUUUUUUACCUAUUAUGCAAUUUCAUUUCUCCUGUUCAUACAAAUCUAUCAAUGAAAACGACGAAAACCUCAAGAAUGCACAGGUUCGAAAUUUCGGGAGCAAGCUAGUUAUGCCAUCAAUUCAAAUGUACAAACAUAAAAAAAGUCGAAGGUGGAAAAUUUGUAUACUGAAUUUUAAUUGUAAAGAUAAAAACAGUGAAACAAUUUUAAACGAUUUUAGAUUUCAAUUGAAUGCAAAAAGAAAAGAAAACAUUGAAAGUUUAGAAAUCGAUGAAGACAGUAGUAACUAUGGAGAUAUAAAUAUGGAUACUAAUAAUUGUCAAAAAAUGAAUUCGUUAAAUACAUACUUAAGUGCAAUGUCUAGUAAUAUAUUUGAUGAAGAAAAAGAUUCUAAUAUAAAAAAUUCUAUAAAAAGAAUAGUCCGAUUUUAUAAUGAUCCUAUAAUAAUAAAAUUUUCAAUUGAAAUAAUAAAAAAUUUGAUAAUUUGCUACAAUAAUUUUAAUUAUUUUAUAAAUUGCAUAAAUAAAAUACAAAAUAAUAUUAAUAACUGUUCCAAAGAUGAAAAAUAUUGUCAAAAUAAUUAUAACAAUUUGAAAGAACAUUGUGAAAAUAGCAAUGUAAUUAAAGAUAUACUUAACUAUUUAUAUAAUGAAGCAAAUGAUAUAUUGUUCGAAUAUUUUUUAGAUGAUUUUCAUUUAAGCUUAUAUGAAGGAAAUAGCAACUUAAACAUGGCGCUUAUAAAUAUUAACAUGUUUGAUAUUAAAAUAUUUUUUCAAAAAAAACACAAUAUAAGGGGUUUUAUAAAUUUUCAUCUUAACAUAGAUGCAUAUGAUAACUAUAAAAUUUUAUAUGACAAUUUAAUAGAAAAGUUUGAAAUACUUUUAUCUUUUGAAAACAGUAAAAAUAAAAUGAAUAUGCUUAAUUUUAACAUCGAAACAUCAUAUAUUAAUAUAUUAUAUACAAACAAAAUAAAAGAUUUAAUUAUAAAUUAUACUACAUUAUUAUUAGAAAAAUAUAAAACUUAUAUUGAAGCAGGAUAUGAUGAUAUAGAUGCAGAAAUAAGAAGAAAAGAACAACAAAUGAAUUCGAAAUUAUUAAAUUUUUAUAAUAAUUUUUUUAUUAUAAAAAAUCAAAAUAAUCCUAAAAGUGUUAUCGAAUUUAAAGAUAUCCUAUAUGAUAAUAAUAUAAUUUCCAAAAUUUAUAAUUUUACUGGAUUAACAAUAAAUUUAAGAUUUAAACAAUCCCUUAGAAGUAAAGUUCAAAAUCGUAAUGAAAAAAAAAAUGGAAAUGAUAAUACAAAAAAUUAUGGAAAUAAAAAUAAAUUUAUUUUUUAUGAAUUACCUAAUAAUGGUCAUGGGGGGUUAUUAAAAGAUGAAAAUGGAAAAGUUUGUGAACUUGCUAUUAUUAUUAAAUUAUUUAAUUAUAUAUAUGAAAUAGUAGAUAUUGAAAGAAAUAAAAAUGCAUGUGAUAUUCGAUUUUUGCCAAUUAUAUAUGAUUUAAAAAAAAAUGAUGAAAAAGAAAAAAUUAUUAUAAAAAAAUAUGAUAACAAUUAUGAUAUGUAUAAUGAAUAUAGUGUUAAAAAUAAAGUUUUUAAAACAUUUAUAAAAUUAUAUAUUCAAACUAAUAUUGAUGAUAAAGGAGUUGUUACUAUUUAUUUUUCUUCAAAUUUAUUUAUUCACAAUAUUACAAAUACAAAUUUUGUUAUAUUAUACCAUCCUAUUAUUUAUUAUUUUUUACUUUUCAAUGAAAUAUUUAUAUAUAACUCAAAUAAUAAUUUAAACAAAAAAAAGCAUUCUUUAAAAGGUGCAAAAACUGUUUUGAAAUCAAACGAAAAAUAUUAUUUCCCAAUUAUAUCUUUUAUACCACUUUUAGUAAUAUAUGAUUAUAUGAAAAAAAAAAACGAUUUUAUAGAAAAAGUAGAUGCAGAUUUUAUAAAUACUAAUUUAAUUAAGACAAAUUAUUCAAAAAAAUAUAAUGGAACCUAUUCAGAUAUUAACGCUACUUUAAGUAAGUAUAAUAAAAACCAUUAUAUCGAUUGUGAACAUGGUUUAUUCAAACAAAAUGAAAUAGAUAAUGAUGGGUAUACUAACAGUUUUAUAUGUUAUGAAAAGGGAUAUGAUAAUUUGAAAAAUAAUAAAAAAAACAGCUUAAAUAAUAGCGAAACAUAUAAUAGUUGUCUAUUUGUUGAUAACUUUUCAGGAGAGCAUGUACAUAAUAUUAUUCCUAUAAAUUCUAAUUAUAAUUUUCUAAAUACAGAAAUAUUUUAUCAAAAUAAAAAAAAGAAUAGUUUAUUAAAAAAUACACAAGUGCUCGAAAUAGAGGAUAAAAUAAAUUUACAUCAAAUUAAAGAAUCUUGUAAAUAUAAAUUAAAUAAAAUUUUGAAAAAACUUAAAAUAUAUAUUAAUGACAAAAAUAUUAAUAAUAGUAUAAAAAAUAUAAAUAAUAUAUAUAUUGUAAAAAAAGAUGUUUAUAAUUAUUAUAUAAAUAAAUAUUAUAGUAACAGCAAAUGCUAUUUAGAUAUCUUUAAUUUUUUAAAAAAAAAUGGAGCAAAAAAAUUAUUUAGCAAUUCAAGUAUAAGGGAAAUCAUAUAUAGACAUUCUUAUGAUUUUCAAAAAUAUAAUUUAUUUUCACAAACAUUAAAAUUAAAGACAAUAAAAGUUAUUUGUUAUGAUCCAGAUACCAAAUAUGGCAAUGGAAAAUAUAAAAAUGAAAGUGAUAUUUUUAAAUAUAAACAUAAAAGCAUAUUAAAUAAUUCUAUAAACAAUAGUCCUAUUAUUAAUAAUGAAAAUCGUGAAGAAUGUGUAAAUUAUAAUAAACAAAUAGAUUGCUAUGAAAAAAAACAUAGUAGUGAAUUAAAACAAAUUCAAGAUUCAAAUUAUUUAAUGAAAUUUAUGACAUUAUAUGAAAAAAAAAAUAAAAAUCAGUUUAAUAGUGCAAAAAAUAAUAUAUUGCUAAAUAUAGAUACUAUAAAAACAAAUGAACGAUAUUUAGGUAAUAUUCAUAGAAAUAGAAAAGGAUCAAAUUUGCACCGAAUGAUUAAAUAUUACUAUGAAAGUUCAUCUAAAGAUUAUAACGAUAACGAUAAUGACAAUGAUAAUGACAAAAUAAAUGAACAAAGCAAUGGAAAUAAAAAUAGUACAGUUGUAGAUAAUCCACAAAGUGAUCAUAUAAUAAAUGUUGAAAGUAACGAAAGCAGUAGUUUUGUUGAAAUUCAAAACAAUAUUAUAGAAGAAAAAAAAGAAAAGAAAAUUUCAAAUAACAAAGAUGUAUUAUACGAAAGUGGAAAUAAACAAAAUGAUAAUUUAAAAAAAAUAAAAUUUUCUGCCAAAAAACAAAGUCAUUUUAGUAAUACAUUAAUUUGUGAACAAAAAAAUUUAGAAAUAAAUAAAAUUUACACAUUUGGAAUAUUAAUUGAUUACAUUUUUGAAAUUCACAAUCUUAUGUUUAAUGAUAUUUCAAUUGGAUAUUAUCAAAAAUAUAGUGUAAAUAAUAUACAGAAAAAAAUAAAAAAAAUAAAAAAAGAAACAAUUUUAUCAAAAAGUAUAAAAUAUUUAGAUAAUAUACCAAAUUAUAUUAAAUUUUUUUAUCAAAUAAAUGGAAAUUCAACUAGUAAUGUAGAAAAUAACGAAAUAAAUUAUAUUUUUCAUUUUUUUUCAAAAAAAAUAUCAAUUCAUCAAUUAAAUAAUACAAACAGUAAAUAUAUUCAAAUUAAAAUGCAUAUAGGAUGUAUUUAUGAUAAAAAAAAUGAUAUAAUAUAUAAAAAAAAAAAAUUUAAAUUUAAUUUAUUUCGAAGAAAAACAACUAUAAGUAACACUAUACCAGCAUAUUAUUCAAGUUGUUCAAAAAAAUGUGUAUAUUUGUCGCCAAAAAAUUAUGAAAAAUUAUGUAUGAAUAUACCUCGUUUCUUUUUUCUUAAUAUUAUACUUCGUAAAAAAACAGAUUUUAUUUGCACAAAUAAUGUAAAUAGUUUUAAAAAAAUAAUAGACAGCAAUGUUUUACAAUUAUUAUUAUAUUCCUAUUUUUAUUUUCAAAAUAAUUUAGAUAAUGAUAUUAUUAUACAAUCAAAUAGUAAUUUUCAAAAAGUAAAAAAUAAUUCAUGUAUGCUAUUUGGAGAAUUAGAAACUACAAAAGUUGUUUUAAAAAUAUUGCAUAAUAAUAAAUUGUUUGUUUCGAAAAAGUUAAAAAUAAACGAAGUUUGUUUAAAUAAAAAAAUUAUAUUAGCAUGUAAAAAUAAUAAAAAAAAAGAAUAUUUAUUUUUAUCUUUAAAUAUUACUAUAUAUGGUAAUAUAUAUAAUACAAAAAUAAUUACAAUAAAUAAUAGAUAUACCAUUAUAAAUAAUACAAAUCACACAUUAUAUGUUCAUGAAAUAUGUAAAGAAUUUAAAAUUAUAAAAAAAGAUAAUAAAACUUUAUCUAAAAUUGAAAAAAAUAAUGCCAAAGAAAUAAAACAAACUAAAAUUGACACAGACAUAACAGAAAAAUCAAACAUUUCAAUAACAAAUAAAAUAUUUAAUGUAUUUGAAAUAAAACCACAUGAAUCUUAUUAUUACCAUCCAUUACAUGCUAAUAAAUAUUAUCUUAAAUUUUCAUAUACAAACAUAAAUGAUUAUAUUAAUAAUAAAUAUAAUAUAUUGUCUAAAAAUGAAAGUUAUGAAUUUAUGGAUAAAUAUACUGAUACUACAAAUUUAGCAUAUUAUUUAAAAAAAAAAAUUGCAAAAAAAACAAAAAAUCCAACAUAUUUAGUAAAUAUAGAUAAAAAUGAUAAAACAAUUAAAAAAAAAGAAGAAUCAUUUAAUCAGUUUUAUACAAGUCUUAUAGAUAUAGAGAAAAUUGGAAAUGCCAAAAUAUUUCAUAAAGCCCUUAUAAAAGUAUGUAAUUCAUAUGAAAUUUCCGAAAUUAAUGAAACUGAAAAUGUAGAUACUAAACAAUUUGACUUAUAUAAUAGAACUAAACUUGUAGAUGAAAUACCAUAUUCUGAAAAUAUAAAAACUCAAAAUGAAACAAUACUUUUAGUAGAUGAAGAAAAUGAAACAAAAGAUGUUGCAUUAUCAGUAAAAAAUAGUAUUGAAUCUGUUAAGAAUUUUAUUAUAAAUAUGAAUGAUGAACUUGUUCAAAAUACAAAUGAAUCUGUCAUGAAAUACAUGGAAAAUAUGGAAAAAAAAACAAAAUAUUAUUAUAAAGAAGAAAAUAUUAUAUCAGAAGUUAACAUUACAUUAAAUAGUAACACAAGUAUAGAAAUAAAUAUUUCCAUUGAUAAUAAUCCAGAUACAAUAAUUCAUAAUAAUACAAACUACUGCUUAGUAUAUUAUCAAAAAAAAACAAAAAAAAAAAUAAUAAAUUUGUUAAAACCACAUAAUAAAGAUAUCUUUGGAUGGACCGACCUAUCUAAACCUAAAGUUGUUAAAUUCUUUUUAAUUUUGAAAAAAGCUGGUGUUUAUGUUUUUUACUGUAAUGUAGAUAUUGUUAAAGAACAUAAUUGUAUUUUCUUAAAUAAUAAUAGAAAAAUCAAUGUGUUCACCAAAAUUGAAAAUGGAAAAAGAGUUUUCUGCCUUGAAGAAAUAAAUACUAAAGAAACAAAACAAUUGAAUUAUUUUUCAAAUAAUAAAAGUUUUAUUAAAUUAAACGAGGAAAAAAAACUUAACACAUCAAAUAAAAAAAAAAAUAAAAAAAUUGUAAAAAUAAAUUUUUAUAGAAAAUUUAAAUUAAAAAAAAAUAGAGAUGAUGAUAUAAGAACUAAACAAAAAUUUGUGAGGUAUAGAAAAUUAAAAAAAAAAAAAAAAAACUUUUUAAAAGAGUUUAAUAUUAUUAAUAAAAACCCAUUUAAUGCUAUUUAUAUGAAAGCCAAAAAGAAGAAGCAAAAAAUAAAACAAACUGAAAGGAAAAUGAAAAAUACAAAAAUCAUGUCUAAUACAUCAAUUAUAGAAUAUGAUACAAAUAAAAAUGGCAAUUCUAUUCAAACAAAAAAGUUUGAUGAAAAAAAAUUCAAAGCAUUAUUUAUGAAAAAAACAAUAAAAGGAAAGAAAAAAAAAAAAAAAAAUAUUAACAAAUUUUUAUAUGAUAAUUAUAGUGAUAAAAAAAAAAAUUCACAUCAAACAUUCGCAAACUUAAUAUAUACAGAUGCUUUAGAGGAUUCUAAGAAAUAUAAUUCUAUAAAUAAUAAAGAUAUAGAAAAUAAUGAUAAAGUUAGUGAACAGGUAGAAGGUUAUGAACCAAAUAGCUAUUAUGUAAUAAAUAAAAAUGUGGAAAUAAAAAGAAAAUUAAGUGAUUAUAUAUUUAAAAAAUUAAAAAAUAAUGAAAAAAAAUUAAAAGGAUUAAAAAAAAUUUAUCCAUCAUUUUUAAGAAAUAGUAAAAGUAUAGAAUUUAAUGAAAUAAUGCAAAAAUGCUUUUCAGAUAAAGAAGAAAAUGUUAUUAAUAAUGAACAAAAUAUAAAUGAAAAUAUAUUUACAAGUAAUUACAACGAAAAAAAUGAAUUAAAUAAAUAUGAAAAUAUCCAUAAUAGUAAUAUAAAAAGUCAAAAUAAAAAUGCAACUUAUUCGCGUACACAUUAUGAUAAUAACAAUGUUGGAAAUGUUUUAAAAAAAAAAAAUAAUUUUCAAAUAAAUUUUUUUACAAAUAUUCAAUUAUUAUUUAAAGGAAUAAGAGUAAACUUAUUACAAGAAUCGUCAAAUUAUUUAAUAUCUUUUGAGCUUAAUAAUUUAUUUGUAAAAAAAGAAUAUAUAGAAAAUAUAGGAUAUUAUAAUGUUGAUGUUAAAAUAAAAAAUAUUAUAUCUUAUGCUAUUUAUAAAUAUCUUAACAUUUAUGCAUUACUAUAUACAAAUGAUGAAAUUAAUUUAAAAAAAAAUAAUAUUCGUAUUUUUAUGAACAAAUUAGAAAAAAAAAGAAAUUUAUUUUUAAAAAAAAACAAAUAUAGAAAAAAUGAAGCCAAAGAUUCAAUUACAUCUUCUUUAGAUUCGAUUAUAAAUUUAAAAGAUAAAGAUUCUAUAUUUCAUGAUUAUAGAUUUGAUAAUACAAACAAUUUUAAUGAUAAUUCAGGAUUUAUAAUUUGUAAUUUUCAAUAUAUAAAAAAAUUUGAAACACUUUUCUUUAAAUAUUUUUUAUUAAGCAUAAAACCAGUUGUAAUUAAUGCAGAUAUAAAUUCAAUUACAGUUUUAUUUUAUUUUUAUAAAACUUUUUAUAAUGAUAAAAAUUUUGAAAAUGAUGGAAAAAAUAUAAAUAAAAUACAAAAAGAUGAAAUUGAAGAAUCAACUAUGUAUACAUAUACAUUAAAUGAUGAUAAAAAUGAUGUUAAUAUUGGAAAAAAAAAAAAUAAUGAAAAUCGAGAUAAUUAUUAUUCAUCUAAUUUGAUAAAUGGAAAUGACGGUAAAAAAGAUGGUAUAAAUAAUAUGCAUUUAACAUGUAGGGAAGUAAAGAAUUGUUUAAUUUUAGAUGAUGAUAAUAAAAAAAAAAAUGAUUUAAAUAAUGAAAAAGGAAAAGAUAAAUUAAUAAAAGACAAAAUAUAUAGAAAUAGUAAUACAUAUAUUAAAAACGAAGAAUCUGGAAAAAAUAACAAUGUCACAUCUUAUACUUGUGAAAAAGGAAAAGCAAACAAACAUGUUUAUUUACAAUAUGUAUAUAUAGAUAAAAUAAAUAUAUUAUUAAAUUUUAAAUCAGAAUAUAAAAAAGAAUUUAAUAAUAGUAAUAUUAAUGAUAUAUUUUAUGAAGAAUAUAUAAGUGCAUAUAAUAAAUUAGGGGAUAUAUCAAAUUGUAAUAUUAUUUUAAAAAGUUUAUCAAAUAUUCAUAUAUUUACAAGUUCAAAUAAUUUAUUUAAUUUUUUAUUAAAUUUUUAUUAUAAUCAAACUAUUGUAAAUUUAUCAAAUUUGUUAAUUUCUUUUAAUAUAAUUGGGAGCCCAACAUCUUUUAUUGCACAUGUUAAGAAAUCUUUUAUUGAAUUUUUUACAAUAUUAAAAGAUAGUUAUUCCAUUGACGAUAAAGAAUAUGAAAUUGAUCAAAAUGAAAUAAAAACAAAAACAAGAACAUCAAAUUUAACACAAAGAAAUACUUUGUCUUAUAAAAUUCAUGGAGAGAUUGGAAAUAUUUCAUUUCCUGAUUACAAUUAUGGUAAUAAUUCUGGAAAUAUAAAUUUAUUUUCAAAAAUACAAAAUAAUGAAAAUAUAUUUAAUAUAUUUGAUAAAUCAAACGAAAGCUCAUUAAUAGAUGAAAAUGAAGAUAUAAUGGUGAAUGAAAAAUAUAUUAUGCAUUUACUAAAUGAUUAUAAUCAGUCUUGUGAAAAUAACACAAUAUAUGAAGAUACACAUUUGAAUAGUAUUAAAAAUAGUAUUAGUUUAGAAAUUGAACAAGAAAAUGAAACUAAAAAAAUGAUAUAUUCUGAUUAUGAUGAUGAUUCAAUCGAAUCUGCAGUAAAUGAUAUUAGAAAAAAUGAAUGGAAUAAAAAAGAAUUGGAAAAUUUAAUAAUGGAAAGUGAUAGUAUAUCUUUAAGUUAUUUAAAUUUUGAAAAAAAAAAAAAAAAUAUAUAUAUACUUGAUAAUAAAGUUCCAGCUAGCCAAAUGAAAAAAAAAAGUAAAGAAAAAAAAGAGACAGAAACUAAGAAAAAAGAAAAUGUAUUUAUAAUAUUUAUAUCAUUUAUAAUAGGAUUUUGGAAACAAAUUAUUUAUUUAAUUCGAAAAAUGCGACGUCUUUGUUUAGGAAUAUAUGUAUUAAUUAUAAAACUAAUUUUAUCACUUUUAUUUUCAGUAACACUAAUAUUACAAUCAUUAAUUAAUAUAAUUGAUAAAAUAAAUACAAAUAAUUCAAAUAAAAUAUUUUUAAGAAAUAAAAAGUAUGAAAAAAAUAAACCACUAGUAUUUAGUAAUAUUGAAGAAUAUCAUAAUUUUAAUUUGACAAAACUAUUUUAUUAUUAUAUAAGUUUAUAUAUAAAUAUAUUCAGAUUGAUUUAUCAUAAUAUAUUAUAUAAAAUAAAAAAAAAUAAAAAAGAUAUAUUAAGGGAAACUAAUAUGAUAAAAGCUAGUUUAAAAUUAAAUACAAAAAAAAAACGGAAAUUUGCAUUUUUAUUUAAUUUCUUUUUAAUUAUAUUUACUAUAUUCAAAAUUUUUAUGCUUGGGCAUAUUGUAUUUUCAUUAUUAUGUCUAUUAGCUGUUAAUAAUAUUUUACAAACAAUACUUCGAUCAUGUAUUAAGUUAGUAUAUUACCAAAGCAGCAAAAAUUGUUUUGAUUUUUUAAAUACAAAUAAUAUUAAUCAUAUAUGUACCAUUAGUUACAUUAAAAUAAAUCAAAUCUUAAAUAAAUAUAUACCUUUAAAUGAGCCUUUUAAAUUUUUUUUAACUUAUCAAGAUUUCAUUGACAUCAAAACUCAAAAUAAAAUUAACUAUUUUGUUUAUACUAAAGAACUAUUUUUUUAUAUACAAGAAAACAAUGUAUUAUUCCUGUUCAGAAAAAAUGAUUUAAAAAAAAUUGAUGUAAUUAUACACACCGUUACAAAUAGUUUUACUAUUAAUCGUUUUUAUAAUCGAAAAGAAAGCGUCUUAUUCCGAAAGAACAUUUCUAGAAAUGUACCCGAUAUAGUUGGGAAUACAAUAUGUGAAGAAAACAACAGUGUCACUUCCUCUUUUUACAAUAAAAGUUUAACUUCAAAUGAUUUAAAGGAAAAUAAAAAUAUAAUUUAUUUUUUAAAUUCCGAAUUAGCGCUUACAAAAAAAAAUGAAAUAAUAAAUUUAAAUAAUAAUGACCAAAAUUAUAUUAUAACAAUUAAUAUUACUGUUAGAAAUAAUAUGAAUAUAAUGGAAAGUGUAUAUUAUAAUCCGAAUAAGUUUUUUAAAUCCCUUUUUAAAAUUGAAAAAAAUUAUAAUAAUAUUUAUUCUCCAUUAUUUAAAAGCCCAAGUAAUGAUGGAAAAAAUAAUAAAGAAAAAUAUAAUAAAAAUAAAACUAACAUAGAAAAUCGAUAUACUGGAUCGAAAAGUCACGGUUUUAUCACCUUUAUUAUUUUUCUUUUAAAAUGCACGAUUGUGUUCUAUCCUAUUUAUUUAUUAUUCAAAAGAAAUAAAACAAACCAAAAUGAAGCCCUAAAAUAUAAAUCUAAAUCGAAUGAAGAAGAAUAUAAAGGAAUAAAUGAUGAACUUAAAAAAGGAAAAAAAAAAAAUUUUAAAAAAAAUGUACCAAAAUAUAUUGUCUUUAAAUUAAAUUUUGAGGAUUUCCAAUCAUGUUUGAACAUUUUCGAAUGUUUAUGCAGAUUUGUUAAUAACGAUUAG